AUGGUGGAUACAGAAUGGAGUGAAGCCAUUGAAAUCAACGACAAAACCACUCGAUUCCAAUUGGACACAGGCGCAAAAUGCAAUGUGUUACCGUUGACAACACUUGAGGAGCUAGGACUGAAUUGUGACCAACUGUCUGCGUCGAAAACAAAUCUGAAGUCAUACAGCGGACACAGAGUCAAACCUGUUGGUAAUAUUGUACUGCAGUGUAAAUAUCAAGAUCGCGCAAGUGACAUUGCAUUUGAAGUUGUUGACUUACCUUCAGAACCUAUUCUUGGAUCUGUGUCUUGUUCAAUAAUGGGACUUGUAAAACGAGCCUACAAACUUGACCAUGUAGAAACAAUGAACAUUCCUAAAGACAUUCAGUCAGAGUAUGGAGAUGUGUUUAAGGGUCUAGGACUCUUGCCAGUAAAGCAGGACAUCAAGAUUGACCCGUCGAUACCUGCAGUAAUUCACCCACCUCGGCGUGUACCAAUUGCGCUCCGUGACAAGAUCAAAGAUGAACUUGAUCGCAUGGAACAAUCGGGUGUUAUCGUUCCACAGAAAGAACCUACAGCAUGGGUCAACUCUAUGGUUACCGUCCAGAAACCGAAUGGAAAACUACGCAUUUGUAUAGACCCCAAAGAUCUCAACAAAGCGAUCCGCAGAGAACAUUAUCCUCUUAAGACAAUAGAAGAUGUCACACAGCAGAUUACUGAAGCAAAGAUGUUUUCGAAACUUGACGCCACAUCCGGCUUUUGGCAAAUUGGACUCACAGAAGAGAGUUCAAAGCUCUGCACCUUCAAUAGCCCAUAUGGACGCUACAGAUUCACGAGGCUACCAUUUGGUAUCAGCUCAGCGUCAGAAAUCUACCAACGCACAAUCUCAGAGAUGGUCAGAGACCUGGAGGGAUGUGAAGCGAUCAUAGAUGACAUUUUGAUCUGGGGUAAAGACAGGCAGCAGCAUGACCAAAGAUUGAAAGCUGUCAUGAACCGAAUUCGUGACUACAACUUAAAACUGAGUCCAGAGAAGUGCCAGUUCAGAAAAGACCACAUUGCGUAUGUAGGUCACGUGUUUACCUCUGCAGGGAUCCAGCCAGACCCUGAGAAGAUUCGCGCUGUGAAAGACGUGCCUGCGCCUCAGAAUGUAUCCGAACUACAGACAUUCCUAGGAUUUAUACAGUACCUUGGAAAGUUCCUACCAAACCUGUCUGAAGCGAGAGCACCACUCCGAUCGCUCCUGGAAAAGGACAUUCUCUUCCACUGGGAGAAACCACAGGAAGACAGCUUCCAGACCUUGAAGCACCUUGUGAGCAACACACCCGUCUUGCGCUAUUACGACCCAAAGAAACCACUUGUACUAACAGUUGACGCAAGCUCUAUGGGACUCGGUGCAGCACUCAUACAAGAAGGUCAGCCUAUUGCCUACGCAUCACGUGCUUUAACAAAAAGCCAACAAAAUUACGCCCAGAUUGAAAAAGAGGCGUUGGCCAUUGCGUACGGAUGUACAAAAUUUCAUCAAUAUGUAUUUGGUCGUCACGUAUUGGUGGAAAGUGAUCAUAAGCCACUCCAAUCAAUAUUUCGUAAACCGCUUUACCAAGCACCUGCUCGACUACAGUCACUUCUGCUCACGCUACAGCGUUAUGACAUAGAAGUUACUUACAAACCUGGCAAGAUUAUGUUCAUUGCGGACACCCUCAGCCGAGCCUUCAUGAAUGAAACAAAGGAACAGCUUAUGCCCGACAUUGAGAUCAACUCAAUCAGUUACUUACCAAUGUCUCCAGAACAGUAUGAACGCUUUCAGCAAGCUACUCAUGACGACCCAGAACUGCAAACUUUACAGACCGUUGUAAAGUCGGGAUGGCCCAACACCAAAGAUAGCAUACCAAACUCAACCUACCCUUACUGGCCAUUCAGAGACGAGAUUACAUGCAUCGAUGGGUUGAUGUUUAAGGGACACAAAAUCAUUGUGCCAUCAACACUACGCAAAGAAAUGCUUGAUCGUAUACAUAGCUCGCAUCUUGGAACAGUAAAAUGCAAAAGUAGAGCUAGAGAAACAUUAUACUGGCCAGGAAUGACAUCAUCAAUUCAAGAGGUAGUUGAAAGAUGCUCAAUUUGUGCAUUGAACAGCAAAUCAAACCCCAAAGAACCAAUGCUAGAGACAGAAACACCAUCUCGUCCAUGGUCCAUCAUAUCAACUGAUUUAUUUGAUUUCAAGGGACAUGCAUACUUAGUCUGUGUUGAUCAUUUCUCAAAAUGGCCCGAAUUUGCAAAACUGGAAAACCAAACCAGCGACAACACCAUCCUACACCUGAAAGGUAUUUUUUCUCGCAACGGGAUACCAGACAAGUUGAUAUCUGACAACGGACCGCAGUUCGCUUCUGCAAAUUUCCGAGAAUUUGCUAAAGACUAUGGUUUUGUGCACAAGACAACAAGCCCGCACUUCCCUCAGGCGAAUGGGCAGAUAGAACGUACUGUCCAAACAGUAAAACAACUGUUGCGGAAGUCGACUGAUCCAUACAAAGCCAUACUGGCAUACAGAAAUACUGCCAUCGACAUGCUAGGAAAGUCUCCGGCACAACUAUUCUUCAACAGACGUCUAAGAACCGACUUACCUGUAGCAUCACCUCUGUUGGAACCAAACUCUGUUGGCCUGCACGACGUUCAAGACCGCCUGAAAUUUCGCAAAUACAAACAAAAACUAUACUACGAUGCUCAUGCUGGAAAGGAAUUGAGGGAUCUCUAUCCUGGAGAAACCACAGUUAUGCGACACGACAACAAAUGGACUCCCGCCGUAGUCGUGCAACAGCACAGCUCUCCAAGAUCCUAUGUUCUCCAAGCGCAGUCCGGAAAACGGUACCGACGAAACAGACGUCAUAUCAGACCAACCUCCGCGACGUUCCCAGACAAACCUGAAGUUGAUGAACCGAUUCUUCCUCCUCCGUCAGAGAAAUCCAAUGAACCGUUCCAAUCGAAUGCUGGACAAACCGCUAUCGAGAAACCGUCUCAGGAAGUUGAACCGUCCAAUCCGACAACAUCCGUCCCGAGUACCAUCUGCACUAGAUCCGGGAGGAAUGUGGUGUGUCCAUCCAAAUUCAAGGAUUUUGUGAAAUGA